AUGAUGGCCCUUUCUGUCUGCACGGGUACAUACCGAUAGCCGAUAGCUCCCAAAGCAGAAAGUUGUCCCAGCAAGUCCUACUAUCGCCCAUCUCGAAACAAAGCCUCCAGUCAUGAAACUGUCUCUUGCUCUAUCAUUUGUUGUCACCGGCGCAUCUGCAUUUGUCCCGCAGCAACCUUUGACUCCCCGUUCUCCGGCGACUUCAUUGGCGGCGGUCGGCGUCGAGCGCAACCCCAACUUUGCCAAGCUUAUCGGAGGUUAUUUGUUUCCUGAGAUUGGACGCCGACGCACGCAGUACCUGGAAGAGAAUCCGGAAAUGAAGGAUCGAGUUAUCUCACUCGGAAUUGGGGACACUACGCAGCCGAUUCCCGAGUAUAUUUUGUCCGGCCUGGUUGGCGGUGCAUCCAAGCUCGGAACAAAGGAAGGUUACAGUGGCUACGGAAAUGAAGCUGGUAUGCUGGAUCUUCGGGAAAAGAUUGCCGACAAACUUUACAAAGGCAUCAUUGCGGCCGAGGAAGUCUUUGUCAGUGAUGGUGCCAAGUGUGAUAUCAUGCGCUUGCAGCAAAUGUUUGGUGCCAAGGUAAUUUCGGCCGUGCAGGAUCCAUCCUACCCAGUUUACGUCGAUACCUCUGUCAUGAUGGGACAGACGGGAGAAAUUGAUUCGGAAACGAAUCAGUAUAAGAAUAUUGUUUACAUGCCGUGUACUUCUGAGAAUGGCUUCUUCCCCGACUACGCAAGCAUGCCUCGGGCGGAUAUUGUCUAUCUUUGCUCUCCCAACAACCCAACGGGUGCAGCCGCUACCAAGGAACAACUGGUGGAGAUGGUCAAGUUGUGCAAGGAGCGUGGCUCAAUUCUGGUGUUUGACGCCGCGUACGCGCCUUUUAUUCGCAGUAAGGACGUCCCGAAAUCGAUUUUCGAAAUCGAGGGAGCCAGGGACGUCGCCAUUGAAGUCAAUAGUUUUAGCAAGUACGCUGGAUUCACCGGUGUCCGAUUGGGAUGGACCGUCAUCCCGAACAAUCUGAAAUUCGCGGAUGGAACUCCCGUCCGGAACGACUUCAACCGUGUCAUGAGUACAGCCUUCAACGGCGCUUCCAACAUUGUGCAAGCUGGAGGUUUGGCUUGCUUGGAUGACGAUGGUUUGAAGGAAAUUGAUACCCUUAUUGACUAUUACCUUGGCAACGCCAAAAUCUUGCGUGAGACCAUGGAAAGUAUUGGAUAUGAUGUUUACGGAGGGAUUGACGCUCCGUACGUUUUUGUCAAGCUACCGGAAUCUAUGGGAGGAAGUUGGGACGCUUUCCAGACCAUUCUGGAGAAGACUCAGGUGGUAACCAUUCCAGGGGCCGGGUUCGGCCCCGGUGGUGAAGGCUAUUUGCGUUUGAGCGCCUUUGCUCCUCGUGAUUCCGUUAUCGAGGCGUGCGAGCGACUUAAGAAAGCCUUGGUCUAG